ACUGGGGAGGCAGGCACUCGGUCGUAGAUGCUCUUUCGAUCCCAGCGCAACCCAAACCCACAGAUCUGAGCUUCUGACUUGCGAGCACGGCGAGCUCGCGCUAGCCGGCGGCGAGAUGGAGGCGACGGCGGUGAGCAUCGGGAAGGCCGUGCUGAAUGGCGCGCUGGGCUACGCCAAGUCCAAGGCCGCGGAGGAGAUGGCGCUGCAGCUCGGCGUCGAGGACGACGUCAGCUUCAUCACCGACGAGCUGGAGAUGAUGCAGUCCUUCCUCAUGGCGGCCGACGAGGAGAGGGCCCAGACCAAGGUGCUCACCACCUGGGUGAAGCAUGUCCGGGACGCGAGCUACAACGUCGAGGACAACCUUGUGGAUUUUGAGAUCCACGCGGGGCGAGAGAAGCCUCCUAUUCUGGGCUGUGUUCCACGGAACAUGCGCCACCGUCGCCGCAUUGCCAAGGAGGUGAAGAAGCUCAAGGCCAAGGUGGAGGACGUCAGCAACAGGAACCUGCGCUACCGACUCAUCAAGGAUGGCGCUGGAGGCUCCAAGCCCGGUAGCGUCGGGGUCGAGCAGGGCGGCACUGCUGGGGAUGUGACGUCUAUGUUUGGCAUUGAUGAAGCAUGGCGUCAGGCCAUGGAGCCAAAGAAGCUAAAGAUGGACCUUAGCCAACUAAUCACCAGUGCAGAGGUGGACCUUCGAGUGAUUGCGGUGUGGGGAACAAAUUCUGAUCUCGGGAAGACAUCUGAAAUAUCAAAGGUCUUUGAUGACCCAGAUGUAAAGAAAAAGUUUGGAUGCACUGCUUGGUUGAGACUGAUGCGGCCUUUUGAUCAAAAGGGAUUCCUCCAGAGCAUUGUGAGGCAGUUCUAUGUAAAUUCUUCUCAAGUGCAGCAACCUGGUAUUGCUCAAGAAGAAACAGUUGUUGGAGCAGAUGUUCUAAUGAAGAUGGAGAAGAUGGAGCAGAUUGAUCUGGUCCGUGAAUUUUGUGCACAUGUGAGCAGUAACAACUACCUGAUUGUGAUUGAUGACCUUUCGACAAUAGACGAGUGGCAUUGUAUCAAAACCUAUUUCCCUGACAAGAAGAACCGAAGCAGAAUUGUUGUUGCCACGCAAAAAAUUGAAAUUGCCAGCUUGUGUACGGAGCAACCAUAUCAAGCGUCUGAACUAAAGCAGUUAUCAUCGGAUCAGAUUCUUUAUGUGUUCCACAAGAAGGUUGAGAAGUCUGAAAUGGAUUCUAGUGAGCCCAUCUCUGUGUCAACAGCUGCGACUACUGUAGGAAGCUCAUUGAUGUCCACCAAUGAGAAUGUGAAUGAGAUACAGGAGGAAGGGGGGCAACAACCACAGGGUAUGGGUAGCGGAAAUGCUUUGUCCACCACCUCAGCAGUUGAAAAAAUGAAGCUUGAUCGCAGCAACACGAUAGUCAUCCCUGAAGACGUUAUUGUUGGGCGAUCGACAGAAAAACAAAAGGUCAUCAAUUCAGUUGGUCAGCCAAACGACAACACUAGUAGCUUGAAGGUGAUCUCUGUUUGGGGAAUGGGUGGUAUUGGAAAAACUACUCUUGUGAGGACUGUCUACCGAAGCCAACAGCUUGGCGGAUGGAAACGUGCUUGGGCUACUGCACUGCGUCCUUUUAGUCCUGAUGCACUUCUUCGAAAUCUUUGUUUGCAGCUCCUAAUAGGUAUCCAAGAAGAUUCAAUGGCUGAUGGAGAUACACAAAAGAAGAAGAAUGUUGGAACAAUGGGUUUCCAAGAUAUGAUUAUUGAAUUAUCGCAACUUCUUGAGAAGCAAAAGUGCCUGAUUGUUCUGGAUGAUCUAUCUUCCAAUCAGGAAUGGGAUUCCAUUAAAGAUUACUUGGCAAAAGCUAGACGAGUCAUACUCACCACGAGGGAAAAAACUGUCGCCAAACAUUGUUCCGGUGAUGAUAGGAAUAUGCACUGCCUUAAUGGCCUUGAAGAUGAUGCAGCAUUUGAGCUGUUCAAAAAGAAGGUAUUUAAGGAUGCUAGAAGUUUUGAUUUGCACCCUGGUAUGCUGGAUCAAGCUAACCUUAUCCUAAAGAAAUGUGAUGGACUCCCCCUUGCAAUAUCGACUAUAGGUGGCUAUCUAGCAAAUAAGCCUAAAACUGCAAUGGAGUGGAGAAAGUUAAACGAAGGCUUAAGCGCCGAGCUGGAGAUAAAUCCUGAGUUAAAGAUGAUAAAAGCAGUCCUUAUGCGGAGCUAUGAUGGCCUGCCAUAUGGUCUAAAAUCUAGUUUCUUGUACUUGUCUAUUUUCCCAGAAGACCAUAUAAUCCAGCGUAAACGUGUGGUGAGGAGAUGGAUUGCCGAAGGUUAUUCAAGAGAGAUGCAACACAUGGCAGCCGAGCAAGUAGCAGGCAAGCAGUUUGAUGAGCUUCUUGACCGGAGUAUGAUCCUACCUUUGGAAGCAAGAACUCCUGGAAGCAUUGACUCUUGCCAGCUCCAUGACCUCAUCCGUGAAAUCUGCGUGUCAAAGGCAAGGGAGGACAAUCUUGUUUUUACACUAGAGGAAGGAUGUAGCUUGGGCGGUGUACAAGGAGCAAUACGCCACCUUGCCAUAAGUAGCAACUGGAAGAGAGACAAAGAGGUGAUGCAGAGGAUGCUGGACUUGUCACAUAUACGGUCAUUAACUGUGUUUGGUGAGUGGAGAUCAUUUUUCAUAUGCAGUAAGAUGAGGUUCGUGCGAGUGCUGGAUUUGGAGGACACCGUAGGACUCAGGGAUCAUCACCUUGGUCAAAUUGGGGAGCUCCUUCACCUAAGGUACCUUUCUCUGCGUGGAUGUAUGAGUAUCUGUGAAUUACCAGAUUCGUUCGCAAAUUUGAGGCAGCUGCAGAUGCUCGACAUCAGAGGUACACGCAUAUGGAGAUUGCCAGUAGGUGUCACCAAGCUUCAGAAGCUGCAAUACCUUCAUGCAUCUGGUUUGUCAUUUCGUACUGGUGAUACAAUACAGGAUGACAUAUUUUUUAUGUACAGAAUUCUCAUAUUUAGGGAUGUCAUAUUUAGGGCGUACAGACGUCUCAUACAAGGUGCCCCAUGUGUUUGUUGUGUAUAUGCUCUUUCCGCAUGCAAUCUACUCCGCGCAAUGGGCCAUCUUGUCUGGAGACCGCAGCGGCUAGAGCAUCAUUUGGGAAGGACCGGAACACAUGUUUUGGAGGAGGGUGUGAGUAGGCAUGACAUAUGCAACUUACACUGCUACUUUAUGACGUUUAAUGCAGAAUUUCACAAGCUAUAUGGCAUUAAAGUCCCGAGAGGGAUUUCCAAAUUGAAGGCCUUGCACACACUACGUGACAUCAAUGUUGCAUGGGGAAAUGCUACGAUUCAAGAGCUCGGAGGGCUCACUCAGCUGCGUAAGCUUGGAGUGGUCGGAGUCAGCCAGAUGAACAACGGCAAGUUUUGGCCUGCAAUUGCUGAACACAAUCAACUUCGGUCUCUAUAUGUAGGUUGUGAAGGUAGCAAUUCUCCUAAUAUUGAGUUAUUAGAUGAUUGCUUGGGCGGAAAUUCGAUGCCACCAAAAUGCCUUGAGAGCCUCAAGAUGCGCGGCAAGUUAAUCAAGGUAACAGAAUGGGUCCAUUGGCUUCAGAACCUAUCAAAGCUUCAGCUUCAGGGUACACAACUGAAUCAAGAAGCCUUAGAUGCCAUUGGGAAGCUACCAAAUCUUGUGGUUCUGCGUCUGAGGAGUUGGUCAAUCUUGGGGUCUAAGCUCUGCUUCCCAGGCCCAUCUUUCCCGAGUCUCUUGGUGCUGGAGCUUAAUGAAUACCUCGAAUUGUUGAAAUUUGAGCGAAACGCAACGCCUAAGCUCGAGGUGUUACAGGCAACCGAGCGGUGCAACCGUUAUUCGAUGGAAGUUUCUGGGCUAGAGUUUCUCUCGAGAUUCGGCUGGAUAUUGGUCCUGUCAAGGACUUGGUGCAGAGCAAACUUGCAGGGUACUCAAACAAUGUUACCCUCAAGAUGCUGUAACCGAGAUGUUGGAGUUCACAUCGACCUCAAGCUGUCACGCGGCAACCUCUUACAUUGCUGUACUGCCCCUUAUAUUUUCCUUUGUUUUCGUGCAUAUCAAUAUCAUACUGUACGCUGAGUUGGUCAUCUAACAAAACCGAUUGUAUUGCACGAUCAGAUAAACACAUUCAUUUGUCGAUCUGAAGAUAGACACAUUCGUGCAUGCUACAAAUAUUUGGUUACUGA